AUAAAGGAAAACCACCCAUGCUUUGUCAAGCAACCUGAUUGGACGUGCCCAUCUGCUGGUAUUAUUGUCGAUUGGCAGGGCUUUUUCCCUUGCGUUCUGCCUCUCAAGCACUUUCAAUCCCGCAAAAAGCCCCACGCAACGCCAAACAAACCGAUCACUCGUGACUAUUAGGUCAUAGUUUUCAUCUGUCUGGGAAUUUUCCCUGGUACUCAGCGUUUAAAUUUUGGUCCCGUCAGUGAAUCGCCAUUCUCGCUCGUAAAACAGAACGUGAUGGAUCCUAUUGUUAAGAAGCUGUUAGAGGGAAAGCCUGAAGACGAGAAAUACCAGGCUAUAGCCUUUUCAUUCGCUUGCCUGUUAACCGGACCAAGGGCAAACCAAAGCCGCGACGCACCGUUCAACAGUGGUAAGAUUUUAGGCCUGUUGACUUUAAAGUUUCUUCUCGCGUUUUGUCUUGUGGUCAUGUACUAAAUCGAAUUUAUCCUUCUCCUCAGAAGAACACGUGGCGAAGAAAGAUGCGGACCACGAACCGAAAUUUUCCUUCGAAGAAGUAAACGACGACGAAGAAGAUUCUUCAGGUACCGUUUGACUUUAUACUCGAUUUGUAUUUUUCAUUUGAUUGGUCUCUCUUAGUAGUAGCUCACUCUUACACAACGAUAUACAAUAAUAUAUGCAAAAAGGUAUGAGCGAAGCAAGAGAAAUAUUUUCGAGUAAACGAUACAACAAAAUGUAAAUCACUCAAGAUAAAACGAAGCAAUAGAACAAUUUUCGAGUAAACGAUACAACAAAAUGUAAAUCACUCAAGAUAAAAUUUUGCUGUGACUGCAUAUUCUAUAAAUUGUCUAGUGCAUCUUGUAUUAAAAUUGGCGAAAAUUUUAUUUAUAUAUUUUUCUUAUCCUAAACAUUUCUCUGGCGCCAUUUUCUCUAGACUUUCAUUUAAUAUAUUCUCAACACAACAUCUAACAUCGCUAUGUAUUUACGUCUUUCAGAAUGACGAACAAACAAGACAUCCAAGUUGAGAUGCUGAAUUAGGAUCCUACGAUCAAGGAUGAAGUUAUCUGAAAAUAGGCAGCUCUGCCAGGUCAAGAGGACGUUUUUCCCUUAACCGAGUAAAACUUUUUUUGCUGUUGACAUGCAGAUCAGCCAUCCUUCACCAAACUCAGAGGAAACGAGUCGAAAAUGAAAACCUCACAUGUGUUGUUAUGGUCAAUUACCUAAACUUUCGCUCUCGUUAAAAAUAUUCAACAUCUGCCACAAGUUAUCGUAAAGAGAGAAGUAUUUUGUUAUAUUCAACUUGUCAUCAAGAAACAGUAUCUAUAAAUUGCUAGCAAGCGCGCGGGACUUUUUAAGUCGGCGUGAAUGACGUAAUUCAUCCUUUCUGUCUUUAGUUACGUAUGUUUUUUUUCUUGAAAAGCUUGCGUUCUGCAACGUUUUUAAGUUAAACACAUAUCUGUAAAGUAUGAUGUGUUCUUAAAUAAAGUGGUUUAAGUUUCACGAUU